ACAUUUUUAUAUUGAACGCGUUCAUGCCAGCUGUGAGCAGACGAAAGACGAGUUUCGUUGUGAACGGCCAGCUCCCUCGCUUUGCCUUGUCUAGAAGCUGCAGUCGUACAUCAUAGGCAGUGAUAGAGAUGAGUGGCGAUCACUUGCCCCAGAACACCAUCCCAGUAAAGCAGGAGGACUUGGCACACAGUCCCAAGGCACAGGACAGCGUCACUAGCCAGACAGUGAAACUGUCAGCGCCACCCGAGCUCAGACUGAAAAGGAAGUGUCUAAAGGCGGCGAACGGGACGGGGGAAGGGAGCACAGAGGCUCAAAAAGACUGCAACACAAAUAUAGAACGCCCACAAGCACACGAGCCCAAAACAAAGUCCUUCCAAUCACACGUUGACAUCAAAGUACAUGACAGCCGCUCACCCAUGGCCUUCCGACCGAACCACGCCGUUCACAAGAAGGUGACCAUGAACCGGGGGCGCAACUGUGAUAAACUUAUGGAACGGCUGAGGAAUGGUAAGAAGACCCGGAUGCGCUUAUCUUAUGAGGUAGACGUGGAGUAUGUCACAGAAGGUACUUGUUCAGACAGCGAAUCGAGCGACGACCACGAAAACGGCGCGUCUCGAAAACUUAAACCAGUGAUAGCCUGGUCCUUCUGCAGGGAAGGAGACACAACCCCUUUGUUCACUGUCGCUUCUGAAGUUUGUAUUUCACCCACAGAAGAAGAACCCGGGGCAUCUGAAGACUCAAAGCCCGACAAAGACACUACAGACGGUUCGCAGAUGGAAAACGAAACAUGUACUGCGAAGUCUUUUGAUAACGUGCGUGACAACAACUGGAGUAUGAUAGAUCUCCAUGACAUGAAAAACGUGACACUCCGAACUUAUCGUGUCCGUAGACAGAGCGACGGGUCAGUGCGGCGUGAACUGGGGCCAGCACUUGCGUCCAAGGUGUGGAUCAGCGAGGGCAACAGAAAGACCUUGACACCAGGUCCAGUCCAUCACUCCUCAUCGUGCGGCGGGAAAUCGAUGACAGACAAGCAACAUCCAGGCGUGCCUCCCAAUCAAACAAGAAGUUCGAUCACCAGUAAGGAAAACCAGAAAAAGGAUGAAGCAUCCUCAAAGGUAAAAAAAUUCUUUUCUUGGUUGCCCCUAAAGGAGAAGCUGGCUCAGAGCUUCAAGAACUCUCAAUUUUUCAAAAAUCAACAGUGUAACGACUCGCACAACGAAUGUCGCCCUAAAAUUUCAAAAACAGCCAAACCUUGCAAAGCUAUAAAAUCCUUUAACCUACACACUCGUGCACAAGUUUCAGAAACAGGUAGUCCCGUUAAGAUCUCAACGCGCUACCCAAUGACAACAUCUGCAGAAUUGAGACUCUGUACUGCCUCACGGAAGUUACUACCACCCACUUGUCCAUGUGAUGACAAAAAGUCUCAGAACUGCGAACACAAUGACGAAGCUCAACAAACUCCCAAACAGCUCACAAACGUCAUUCCGAAAGCCACGCCAGGUGUGGAGACAAAUGGACAAGAAAAGAAACAGCUCUGGACAACUCACAGGAGAGCCAAAAGCCUGUAGAUCAGCGACCAUCGUAUCACACACGGGCCAACAGUCGUGCACAGCAGGAACCACUAGAGUCCAGAUUGCCUUAACAGGAUAAAGAAGUAAUAAGAAAAGAAUAGAUCUUCAUUUGGUCUUCUCUUUUCUUUCCUAAUUAUGUACAGUCUUUUACUGCAGUGAGCUGAAAAUAAACUUGCAGGUUUCA